AUGUCUACGACUGAACCCUCGGUAGAAGACGUUGAAAGAUUUAAUACGAAACAACUUAUCGGUUAUUUACGAACAAAAAAUUUGAACCUUAACAACACUGAUUAUAAAAAAAUUCGUGAUGAGAGGGUCGCCGGUUUAGACUUCCUCCAAUUAACUAGAGAAAUACUUCGUUCCGAACCUUACAGAUUUCCUGAUGGACCAGCAAGAAGGAUCGAAACGUUAGUCAAUUCGUUGAAUAGCCAAAGGCUCCUUUCUAUUAAUGAAAUUUUAUCGUGUAUUCCGCCACCUCUCUAUUAUCCUCCAGAUACUAGUACAUCGAUUAGCUCAACAAAAAUAGGCGGCGUUUUGCCUACAAGAAUAACACGUUGGGAAGGAUUUUUAACCGAAGUAGAUCAGUACAACUUCGAUGAAAUCGAGAGAUUUGAGAGACCGCAAUUUUUUAGUGAUGUUGAAGUAACCGUUGAAACCAACGUUUACACUGCUCUGGAAGUCAAUAUAUUUGGUGUAUUGAAUAAAGUUAUGAAAAAAUACAAGUUUGCGAAGCAGAAGGAUUCCGACUUCCCUCCUGGUUCUAAUAUUGGCCCUUUCGCACCAGAUUACACUUGCCGUCUUAAAAUUAGUGAUACUUUCUUGAAGCAAAUCUUGGCAAUCGAAAUCAAGAGAGACAUCCUUUUACAGGAUUUACUGGAAGUAACUGAUUCUGAUUUAGAGAGAUUUGGAAGGCGAGAGCUUGUAGCGGGUCAUUUAUAUAAUAUAAUUGGGCAAAUUUACAAUUAUAUGUCAUCAUUACAACUUCAAUAUGGGAUUCUUUCAAGCUAUGAUAAUCACUGGUUCCUGUAUCGAUCAAAAAAUAACAAUACGGAGCUUCACAUUUCUCAUUCUCUUGCACGUGAUUCAAACAACCCACCUGUGCUUAAAUCAUACGCAUAUUUGGUUCGGUUAGCAGAGGAAGAUCCCACAUCUCCCCAUCAUAACAUAACUAAUAGUAUUAGGAGACAAACUUCAGCUUUACAGCAAAGUCAACAGAAUUCUGGAAGUGGACAGAUUUCCCAGAUUUCCAGAAGUUUGAGUAAUCCUCAUCAUAACUUGAGAAGUACGUCUGGUGAUCAGGGAUCAAAUGAAAAUCAGGAUCCAACGGAAGAGGUUUUUGAUUGUUCGGAAUUUAAGUUUGAGUGUUCAUUAGGCUAUGGGCAGAGCGGAGGAACUUACCAAUGUAAAUUCUAUGGGCAAACGUUAGCUUUGAAGGCUUUAGAUCUAUAUAAGAAUAGACGAUUUUUUUCUAAUAUGCAAAGUGAAAUCAAAAUAUACCAACUUCUUUAUAAAAUUCAGGGAAAGUAUAUCCCAAAAUUGGUAUGCUAUGGUUAUUAUGGGGGUGGAAUGGACUAUGUUAUGGGUAUGACAAUUGUUGGUACUAUGUUGAGUUUCCAUAAAAUAGAGAAAUGGCAAAAGAAUCAGGCUCUCAGGGCAUUAAAAAUAAUUCAUAGUAACAACAUUCUUCACAACGAUAUUCGAAAAGAAAAUAUCUUAGUUAAUGACGAAGGCAAUAUAUUUUUUAUUGACUUUGGGAAGUCAAUUAUAACUGAUAAAAAAAAGUUGUUUCGUCAAGAGGAAUCUGAAUUAUCCCGUUUAUUGAAUUAUUAUAUGUAA